AUGAAACGAUGGUUACAAAUGGAUAAUUUUUGUGGUGACAGUGGUAUUGGUAGUGGUGGUGGUGGUAUGAAUGCAAUCAAUGAAUACAGUCUUCAUAUUUCCUAUCAAUUUCAUGAAAGUUAUUUUAAGCAAACAUUUAAUAAACUAUAUUGUUGUAAAUGGACAGCGAUAAAGGGAUGUUUGAGCGGUAAUGACCGAGCUUCUAGCAGUUCGCAAACUGGAAAUACAGAAAGUGUUCCAACGGUUGGUCAACGAGGUGAACUGAUUGAAUUCGUUAAGCCGGUAUCAAUCCUUUACAAUUACGAUGAUGAUAUCACUAUUCGUUUUGAACUAUUCUGUGCUGAUAAAUUAAUGUCAUCAUCGAUUGGUUCAGAUUCAGGGCGAAAUUCCGACACAAUUGUACGUUUCCGUAGCUCUAAUGAAUUUUUAUUAUGGAAUUUUGUUGAUUCUUUGGAGUGUGAAUUGAACGCUAUGAUACAUCGGGGACGAUUAUCGGAGAUGGAAGAUGAAAUGUUUCGAGAAGGAUCAUCUGGUAGAUUUACAGUGAUAUCGGAACGUAUAUCAAUUGAUCGCGCUUUUUCUGAAAAGCAAAUCCGUAUGGAAAUUUCUGUUUCACAGUUGGAAAAACGGGGUAAAAUGAAAUAUACUGACUUAGAAAUUUACCUCACUAUUCAUAGGAAGAGUUUAAAAGAAGACAACAUUAUUGUUUAUCGAUCUCCAAAAACGAUCGAAAUCACCCCAACAAGUUUGCAUAAAUUUCCGGAAAUUGUUAUUUCCUGCGAAAGAUUGCUGAAUGGAAUUGAGGAUAGGAUCAUUUAUUUUACGCUUCGAAACGCUGCAAACGGUGAUGUGAUCGGUGAAACGGAUGCUUUUUAUUCACAUUUAAUUACUGAUGGUAAAGUAAAUUUGAAGCUACGAUCUUAUGGCCUCAAUACUAAUACAUUAUUUGGUAUAUCGAAGCGUUCAUUUUAUCCAAUUGGCGUGUUACACGUUAAUUUCUACAUGGACAAUAAUGCGAUCAAUUGUCCUUCACGUAAUAGCACUGAAUGUCGACAUCGAUCAUCAGUGGAAUUGUCAUCAUCAUUGAGUUCCACCGAGGAUCGCUGUCAGCAUUUAAUGAGGAAUAUUGACGAGGAGGAAUUGGGAUUUUCUCGAUCAUCCGGCAAUGUUAUGCUAGCUAGCGGUCGAACGCAAGCAUAUCUUGUAUCGUUGUUGGCACCAACAAUUGAGAUACGAUUACGACAACCAUCAAUUCGACCUAUUGAAUCUUUAAUUGAUAAUAAUUUUUAUAAGCGUACCUCAAAUAAUCCUUAA